UGCAGCAGUGCCGGUUUCAAGAAAAAAACCAAAGCCAGCAAUCCAAGGCCGGAAACAAGGACGGGAUGUCCUGCAAUGGUGAUCAUCAAGCUCGUGGAUGCUCUCAGGUGGAGAAUAAUCGAUGUCGAGCUCAGUCACAAUCAUCCAAUGAUGAGCCCGGAUAUCAUACGUCUCUACAAAUCGCAUAAAAGAAUUGAGAAAGCACAGCAGUGUGUGACCGUGAAAGAAGUACACACGAUCAGGUUGUACACAACAGCUGUCUCGGAUGCCAUGUUUUAUGAUCAUGCCUUGAAGAUAUCUGAGUUUGAGAAACUCUGGGGGGAGAUGAUUAAUCAACACGGCCUGGGGGGGAAUAAAUGGCUCCAGUUAUUGUAUGAAGAUCGGCAAAGAUGGGGACCGGUAUAUUUAAAAGACACGUCUUUUGUGGGUAUGCUCCCAAUAAACGGGACUGAGGGCCCACGUACAUUUUUCAAUGGUUAUGUACAAAAGCACACAUCUUUCAAAGAAUGCCUUGACAAGUACGACCUGGCCCUACAAAGAAACCAAAUGAAAGAAGCCCUGGAAGAUUAUGAGUCCAGAAAUUCAAACUUUGAGUUGAAAACAAAAUCUAAAUUUGAGCUGCAGCUCUCUAAGGUUUACACGAGGAAAAUGUUCAAGAAAUGUCAAAUUGAAGUUGAAGGUAUGUGUUUAUGCUUCAACACAAAGCGAGCAACUAAUAAUGGCCCAGUAACAACAUUUGUCGUGGAAGAGCGAAUUGAAACUGGAGGAAAUGAGAAGGAAGUCAGACAUUAUUAUGAAGUUCUAUUUGAGUCGACCAGAGCAGAAGUUCGCUGCAUUUGUGGUUUGUUCAAUUUCAAAGGCUAUUUGUGCAGGCAUGCCUUGACUGUUCUUAAUUACAAUGGGGUGGAAGAAAUACCGGCACAAUACAUCCUGCCUCGUUGGAAUAGAGAUUACAAGCUCAACUUUCUCUUAGACAUUGGAUUUAGUGAUGCUGAUGGUGAUAAUUCCAUGUUGCGGUACAAUCAUCUUUUUAGGCAAGCCCUUCAAGUUCUUGAAGAGGGGACACAAUCCCUACAACAGUAUGAAGCUGUAAUGCAAGAAUUAGACACCCUACUCACUAGAUUUAGUCUGGGAGACGCAGAUUUUGGGAGAAUCUAA